CGCGGCGGGGCGGGCGGGCGGCCCGGGGCCGAGCCCGAUGCGCGAUAGCGAGCGGAGGCUCCGUUGCAGGGCGGCGGGCGCGCUGCCCGAGGAGGAGCGGUGCACCGUGGAGCGGGCCGACGCCUCCCUCACCUACGCUCGCUUCCUCCAGCGGUUCGCCUUCUCCCGGCCUGUCAUCAUCCGUGGGGCCACCGACAACUCGGUGUUCCAGGCGCUCUGCGCCAAGGACAAGCUGCUGGCCGCCUUCGGGGACCGCCUGGUGCGCCUCAGCACGGCCAACACCUACUCCUACCGCAAAGUGGACGUGCCGUUCCAGGAGUACGUGGAACAUCUGCUGAAGCCCCAGGACCUGGCCACGCUGGGUAGCGAUACCCUCUACUUCUUUGGGGACAACAACUUCACCGAGUGGGGCCCACUCUUCCAGGAGUAUGUGCCUCCUCCCUUUCACAUUCCAGGCACCAGAGGUGCCUACAGCUUUGGGAUCGCAGGCUCUGGCUCAGGUGUUCCUUUUCACUGGCAUGGCCCUGGUUACUCAGAGGUGAUCUUCGGCAGGAAGCUGAGGCUCCCUGUCUUUCAGCGCUGGUUUCUGUACCCACCGGAUAAAACGCCGCAUUUCCACCCCAACGAGACAACGCUGGCCUGGCUCCAUCACACGUAUCCCACCUUGCCACCGGAGGAGCGGCCUCUGGAGUGCACCAUCCACCCUGGGGAGGUCCUGUAUUUCCCAGACCGCUGGUGGCACGCCACGCUCAACCUGGACACGAGCGUCUUCAUCUCCACGUUUCUGGGGUAAAGCCAGGAACGCAACCUGCCCUGCCCUGCCAGGACUCGCCACCGGGCCCGGCCCUGUGCCCGAGGACACGCUGCCCUCCGCCCCGCCACGUCCUGUAUGCCGUGAGCCUGACGUGGGCUCUGUGCCAGAGCAGCCAUCCGCUACGCAGAGGUGGCCCGGCAGCUCCGGCUCCUGCAGCUGUGCGCGAAGGGCAGGGCCAGCCACGUCCUGCUCAAAUAUUGGUAUAAGGACCAAGUACCUGAAGAAGUUUGGGUGUUUACUGUUCUCCUUCCUCUCAUUUGGAUUAAAAUUUUAUGUAUGUUCUGUCAUAA